CUCCAGUAGCCGCUCCGAGUCCGUCUCUCCCUGCCGGCUCCCGGCCCCGCCGAUCCCAGUUUCCCGUCGCCCGCGGUUCGCCGCCCCGCUAGCCGCCGCGAUGCCGGUGUUUCACACGCGCACGAUCGAGAGCAUCCUGGAGCCGGUGGCGCAGCAGAUCUCGCACCUGGUGAUCAUGCACGAGGAAGGCGAGGUGGACGGCAAAGCCAUUCCUGACCUCACCGCGCCCGUGGCCGCCGUGCAGGCGGCCGUCAGCAACCUCGUCCGGGUCGGAAAAGAGACAGUUCAGACCACCGAGGACCAGAUUUUGAAGAGAGACAUGCCACCAGCAUUUAUUAAGGUCGAGAAUGCUUGCACCAAGCUUGUUCAGGCAGCCCAGAUGCUUCAGGCUGACCCAUACUCAGUUCCUGCGCGGGAUUACCUCAUUGAUGGGUCUAGGGGAAUCCUUUCUGGCACGUCAGACCUACUUCUUACCUUUGAUGAGGCUGAGGUUCGUAAAAUUAUUAGAGUUUGCAAAGGAAUUUUGGAAUAUCUUACAGUGGCAGAGGUAGUGGAGACUAUGGAAGAUUUGGUCACUUACACAAAGAAUCUUGGGCCAGGGAUGACUAAGAUGGCCAAAAUGAUUGAUGAGAGACAGCAGGAGCUGACUCACCAGGAACACCGGGUGAUGCUGGUGAACUCAAUGAACACUGUCAAAGAGCUCCUUCCCGUUCUCAUUUCAGCUAUGAAGAUUUUUGUUACAACCAAAAACUCAAAAAACCAAGGAAUAGAAGAAGCUUUGAAAAAUCGAAAUUUUACUGUAGAAAAAAUGAGUGCUGAAAUUAAUGAGAUCAUUCGUGUAUUACAACUCACUUCUUGGGAUGAAGAUGCCUGGGCCAGCAAGGACACCGAAGCCAUGAAGAGAGCGCUGGCAUCCAUAGACUCCAAAUUGAACCAGGCCAAAGGUUGGCUCCGGGACCCCAGUGCCUCCCCAGGGGACGCCGGGGAGCAGGCCAUCAGGCAGAUCUUAGACGAAGCUGGAAAAGUUGGUGAACUCUGUGCAGGCAAGGAACGCAGGGAGAUCCUGGGAACCUGCAAAAUGCUAGGGCAGAUGACUGACCAGGUGGCUGACCUCCGAGCCAGAGGACAAGGAGCCUCACCAGUGGCCAUGCAGAAGGCCCAGCAGGUGUCUCAGGGUCUCGACGUGCUCACUGCGAAAGUAGAAAAUGCAGCUCGAAAGCUGGAAGCCAUGACAAACUCAAAGCAGAGUAUUGCAAAGAAGAUUGAUGCUGCCCAGAAUUGGCUUGCAGAUCCAAAUGGUGGACCUGAAGGAGAAGAACAGAUUCGAGGGGCUCUAGCUGAAGCUCGGAAGAUUGCAGAGUUAUGUGACGACCCUAAGGAGAGAGAUGACAUCCUGCGCUCCCUUGGAGAGAUAGCUGCUCUGACCUCUAAACUGGGAGAUUUACGAAGACAGGGGAAAGGAGACUCCCCAGAGGCUCGAGCAUUGGCUAAGCAGGUGGCCACGGCCUUGCAGAACCUGCAGACCAAAACCAACAGGGCUGUGGCCAACAGCAGACCUGCCAAGGCAGCUGUCCACCUCGAGGGCAAGAUUGAACAAGCACAGCGCUGGAUUGAUAAUCCUACCGUAGAUGACCGUGGAGUCGGUCAGGCCGCCAUCCGUGGACUUGUGGCUGAAGGGCAUCGGCUGGCCAAUGUCAUGAUGGGACCCUAUCGCCAAGAUCUUCUUGCCAAGUGUGACCGUGUAGAUCAGCUAACAGCCCAGCUGGCUGACCUGGCUGCCCGAGGGGAAGGGGAGAGUCCUCAGGCGAGAGCACUUGCUUCCCAGCUCCAAGACUCCUUAAAGGAUCUUAAAGCUCAGAUGCAGGAAGCUAUGACUCAAGAGGUGUCCGAUGUUUUCAGCGAUACCACAACUCCCAUCAAGCUGUUGGCGGUGGCGGCCACAGCUCCUCCUGACGCACCCAAUCGGGAAGAGGUCUUUGAUGAGAGGGCAGCCAACUUUGAAAACCAUUCAGGAAGGCUUGGAGCCACAGCGGAGAAGGCGGCUGCUGUUGGUACUGCCAAUAAAUCAACGGUGGAAGGCAUUCAGGCGUCAGUGAAGACAGCCCGGGAACUCACUCCCCAGGUCAUCUCUGCUGCUCGAAUCUUACUGAGGAACCCCGGAAAUCAAGCCGCUUAUGAACAUUUUGAGACCAUGAAGAAUCAGUGGAUUGAUAACGUGGAAAAGAUGACAGGGCUGGUGGACGAGGCUAUUGAUACCAAAUCUCUGUUGGAUGCUUCUGAAGAAGCAAUUAAGAAAGACCUGGACAAGUGUAAGGUAGCCAUGGCCAAUAUUCAGCCUCAGAUGCUGGUAGCUGGAGCAACCAGCAUUGCUCGUCGGGCCAACCGGAUCCUGCUGGUUGCUAAGAGGGAGGUAGAGAACUCUGAGGACCCGAAGUUCCGCGAGGCUGUGAAAGCUGCCUCUGAUGAAUUGAGCAAGACCAUCUCCCCAAUGGUGAUGGAUGCCAAGGCAGUGGCUGGAAACAUCUCUGACCCUGGCCUGCAAAAGAGCUUCCUGGAUUCAGGAUAUCGGAUCCUGGGAGCCGUGGCCAAGGUCAGAGAAGCCUUCCAGCCUCAGGAGCCUGACUUCCCGCCUCCUCCACCAGACCUUGAACAGCUCCGACUAACUGAUGAGCUUGCUCCUCCUAAACCACCUCUGCCUGAGGGUGAAGUCCCUCCACCCAGGCCCCCACCACCAGAAGAGAAGGAUGAAGAGUUCCCUGAGCAGAAAGCUGGGGAGGUGAUUAACCAGCCCAUGAUGAUGGCUGCUAGGCAGCUCCAUGAUGAAGCUCGGAAGUGGUCUAGCAAGCCGGGUAUCCCAGCCGCUCAGGUGGGUAUAGGAGUUGUAGCUGAGGCAGAGGCGGCUGAUGCUGUUGGGUUCCCUUUUCCCUCUGACAUGGAAGACGAUUACGAACCUGAGCUGCUGUUAAUGCCAUCUAAUCAGCCGGUCAACCAGCCCAUUCUGGCCGCGGCUCAGUCCUUGCAUCGGGAAGCUACCAAGUGGUCUAGUAAGGGCAACGACAUCAUUGCAGCAGCCAAGCGCAUGGCUCUGCUGAUGGCGGAGAUGUCUCGGCUGGUAAGAGGGGGUAGUGGUACCAAGCGGGCACUUAUUCAGUGUGCCAAGGACAUCGCUAAGGCCUCUGAUGAGGUGACUCGGCUGGCCAAGGAGGUUGCCAAGCAGUGCACAGAUAAGCGGAUUAGAACCAAUCUCUUACAGGUAUGUGAGCGAAUCCCAACUAUAAGCACCCAGCUCAAAAUCCUGUCCACAGUGAAGGCUACCAUGCUGGGCCGGACCAACAUCAGUGAUGAGGAAUCCGAGCAGGCCACAGAGAUGCUGGUUCAUAAUGCCCAGAACCUCAUGCAGUCUGUGAAGGAGACUGUGCGAGAAGCAGAAGCAGCUUCAAUCAAAAUUCGAACAGAUGCUGGAUUUACUCUGCGCUGGGUCCGAAAGACUCCCUGGUACCAGUAGGUGCCUAGCCGAACCUGGCUGGUACAUAAGCCUCUGCUAGAGAGAAGAGAAUGAUGAGUUCCAGAAGCCAUUCAGAGUUGCCGGGAGUAGAAAUCAAUUCCUGGUCUCACACACCAGAAAGGAAUGGGGGCUUCUUCACAUAGAAAACAUUUACACUCUUGUCAUGGACACUUUGAACUGUGUCUCUGUAUGAACCCUGUACUCUGUUACUCCUGUGCACAGUCACCCAGGAAGUGGACUGGGUCUCUAGCCCAUGGAUUUUACAUAAGCUCAGAAUAAGAGUGAACACUAGCUGGAAGCCCUGCUCUGCCCCAGGGAGCAUUCCCCUCUCUGUUUACGGUUCACCGACUCCCCUUUUCCUCUUCAGGCCAAGACGUAGAGCUGAGGCAAGUCAGUUAAUAACUGUGCUUCCAAAAGUUAUUUUGGGUUUUUCAUGUUGCUGCUGACCCUGCCUACCUUCCCUGGGCUGUUUAUCAUUGCUGCAGGAUAAGGUGAUUUCUGGGGAGGGCCAGCUUACGUGGCCUGGAUUCAUUUCCUGCUUUCCCCUCAUGUAAUCCUAGUUCCUCACAAUGUAAAACCAACUUUCAUUGUCAGGAGGAAAUCACUUUCUGUCUUUACCAUGCCCCUGAGUAAUAUCUGUGCUAGGGAAACUUCCUGCCUCACAUCCUGCCUUGCUUGGUUGCCAAGGUAACCAACCAGCAAACACACUGGUGCUCUCUGCCACUAGAGGGUCAGAGUAGCUGGGGUGUGAUCCUGCCCAUCCUCUUAGUGGGGCCACUCCCAGGUUUUCUAUGCUUUGUCACUGCCAGUAGAGGUCCCUGCUGAGGCCUUAGCAUUCAUUCUUAGCCCCCCCCCCCCUUUUUUUUCUUAUUUCUGAGCUGAAAUGCUGCAUUUAUUUUUAACCAAAUCAUCCAGGCUUUGGCAGUCUUCUAUAAUGCUUCUUAAACAAGACUUUAAAGAUACAUAGGUAUGUGUUUGUCUGUAGUCCCCCAGCCCACUUUUUUUUUUUUUUUUUUUUUUUUUUUUAAAUUUUUGAGACUGGGUCUCUUUAUACUGUCAGGCUAGUCUUGAACUUCUGGGUUCAAGCAAUCUGCCUGCAUCAGACUAUUAGCACCUACCAGCCACACUUGGUUUCCUUGUAACUUUGGAAGGUCCAUUCAAAAUUAAGUCCUAAAAAUCAGGGCUUGCUCCUUAAGAGACUUGAUGGAAAGGCAGUCCUGUCUGAAAGAUACUUCUUGUGUCAGGGAGACUAGCAUUUGCAGAUUACGAUGCUGGUGCUGCUAGGGAUAAAACAAUAGAAAUUAUUAUAAUUCCUAGUUGCUUUUAACCAAUUACAACCAAGUCUUUUUCAUCCUCUCCCAAAUAUUCAAGAGUAAUGAGUAGGAUAUCUAAUUAUCAAGAAAGGUAUGUUUCCUAUCUGACAAAGUCAGAGAAAGCGACUUCCUCUUUUCUGUAUUUAUCCCACAAGCAUUUCCCAGGACAUGAAUACUUAUUUCAGAAGUCAAGACCCAGAAGAAUACAGGAGUGAGACCCUUUCCUAGAUGUUCUUCCCAUAUCUAUGUGUUCAGUCCCAACACUGAAUGUGUACACCUUCAGUUGAUCCUGUAUACUCAGGCUUCCUCUAUUUCCUUUCAGCUGAUCAUUUUCAAAGCUCUCAGCAUAUCUUUAUAGUUGCUUACCUGAUAUAAAUGCAUAUCAAUGCCUUUAAAGUAUGACUCUAUGCCAAAGAUCACCUUUUGUUUUAAAGAUCACCUAGAGGAACUAUGAAGAGUCACGUCUGCUCGCUCUCCAAGUUCCUCCCGUGCUGGGGACAUUCCCACACCCACCAGGUGUGCUGCUUCUCUCCAGUGUCAGUGCUUACAUUGGAGACAAGAGGAAACAGUCCCCGAAUGAGUUAGAGAUGCCAACCACUAACAAAACUACAUUUAUAAGCUAGGAUUUAUUAUAUACAGAUAUUUUCUGCCUCUUCUUUUGUUCUGUUUAAAACAAUAAAAUACAUUUAUAUGAAUAA